GCCUUCUCCGCCUCCCUCCCUCCAUCAGCUUUGCUGCUGACUGCUGACUUCAGUUCUGAGGGAGCGGAGAAAUCCCUACGCCAUGGCGGUUCCGGGGAGGCGCAACGGCCAGUUCGAAGACGAUGACGAUGAUGAGCAGCAGAACUACGCCCUCUUCGAGGACAACGGCUUUGUGGAGGUCGACACCGAUACGCCUCCUCACCUCCGUGAGCUCUACGAUGCCGUCCAGCUCGGCGACGUCGACGCCCUACGCCUCGCUCUAGAUAACUUGAACGGGAGCAUAGACGAACCUGUCGAAGAUGGUGAUACAGCUCUGCAUCUGGCCUGUCUCUAUGGCUAUCUACCUUGUGUGCAGUUACUUUUGGAAAGAGGAGCCUCCCUGGAAGCUAAGGAUGAGGAUGGGGCACUUCCUUUACACGAUGCUUGUGCGGGGGGAUACAGUGAUAUUGUCCAGCUGCUUUUCGACAGUGCUAGGGAUGCGGAAUGCGUGAAGAGGAUGUUGGAAACAUGUGAUGAUGAAGGAGACACGCCUCUUCACCAUGCGGCUAGAGGUGAACAUGCGGACGUCAUAAGAACGUUGCUAGCAGCUGGAGCUGAUCCCACAAAGAGAAACCUUUUCGGGAAGAUCCCGGGGGAGCUUCCUGAUGGCAACUCUGAAGCCAAAACAAUAUUGGAAGCUGCUGCUAGUGCUAUGGCUUGUUAGUAGCCAUUGCUCUUACUUGGUGGAAAAUUUUGCUUUUGUUUCAGGCGGAGAUAACCGCGUGCACUAUUGCAGCAACAUAUUUUUCUUCAAUUACUCUGUUGGUUUUGGAUCGAAUGAGGAUGUGGGCAUGCUCUGUGAAGGUCUUGUACAUGUGGAUAUGAGAUGAAAAACUUCUCUUUUAAUUUGAAUUUAGUAAAGUUCAGUUUGUGCCAA